AAGCAGCAGCAGCAGCAGCAGCAGCCGCACGCGCAGCAGAAGAAGGACCAGGUGGACCAGUCGGCGCUGCUGCGCGCGCAGGCCCAGCACGCGUUGCUGCUGCGCCAGCAGCACCUGCAGCACCUGCAGCAACAGCAGCUCAAGCAGCAGCAGCAGCAGCAGCAACAGGCGCUACGGCUGCAGGUGGUGACGCCCAAGCCGGUGCCGGCCACCACCAUCCAGGUGACGUACGACCCCUUCUACAGCCCCAUCCUGCAGCGCAUGGACAACGUGUUCGUGGGCCUGGGCUUCAACGAGGAGGCCUGCAGGGAGCGCCUGGUGUGCAGCAUGUACAAAAACCCGCCCAAGUUCAGCCCGCACAGCAACCUCAUCUCCAACGAACUCAGCAGGGACGCGUCGGAGCUGCAGAAGCCGGCGGUGCAGAACUCGGCGGUGGCGCGCUUCCACCGCUACGUGCAGGCGGCGCGCGACGGUCAGGAGCAGCGGGACUGCCUGCGCCUCUACCCGGCCUGCACCGUCAACACCGAGCUGUGACCACGCCCCCCUCCCCCACCCCCACACACACUCGCACACACACACACGCCGCGCGCACAGAGUGGAAGCACAGGUGGCCCAUCGUGCGUGGACGAGUGGCUGUCAAGCAGUGACGGCGUUCGUCACACUCUGAGUGGCCAUUAGAGCGGAUUGUGAUAGUACAGGGUGUGUCAAAAUUGAACGGAAUCAACGACAUCGAGUUACGACCACCUCGCAUCAGAAAACUACACGGCUAGUGUGAAAUCAAGGUAAUGCAUUGAACUGAUUCUAUUAUCCAAUUACACAUCCGUGGCCUUUUCUAAAAGUGACCGUUCGAACGAAUUUAAAUAUUAAACGAGGGUCAAAACUGUACGUGACUUUUAACUUUUAACUGCGAUAACACACUCAAAACAACACACAAACACACACAUUAAAACGUGCAUCACUUUGAGUGGCCAUUAGAACGGAUUAUGGUUGUAUAGGAUGUGUCGAAACUGAACAGAACCAAGGACAUCGAGCUGUGACCACCUCGCAUCACGAAACUACACGGCUUGCGCGUAGUGUGAAACCACAAGUAAUGCAAUGAACUGAUUCUAUUAUCCAAUUGCACAUCCGUGGUUUCACCUGAAAGUGAUUGUCCGAACGAAUUUAAAUAUUGAAUGAGGAUCAAAUUGUAUGUUACUUGUAACCGCGUCCACUCUGUCAAAUCAACACACACAUACAUCAAACGCAAAUAAUAAAUAAUAAACGUAAAUAAUUUAUUAUGUUACUAAUAGUGGUUAUAGAAUACACAUUUAAAUCUCUUCUUCCAAAAUUUAUCAUUUUAUAAACAAACAAUAUUAAACAUCUUCCCAGUUCUCUUUGUGUGAGGUGUAAUUAUUGUGGUUAUUGGCACAACAUUACGUUUGUCAAAAACAGUUUUCAGUCGACUCGUGCAUUUCUAAUCACGAUCAAAACAUAAGAAAGUUAUUUUUCGUUGAAUCACGUUUUUUUUGCCGUUGGGUCGAUAAUGUGAUUGUAAGGCAAACACUACGGUUACUUUUACUUCACAUACCUGAAAAUGGGUCAUCUGUGCUCACACUUUGAUCGAAGAAACACGCGCGGGUUAGCCUUCAUUUGGGCCAGAAAGUCUACGUAUUUAUCAAGAUACAAGCUCAAUUAUACUAUUCUUUAAGUAGUCAAGGAAUAUUGUCUUCAAUCGUCACCAUGAUAAGUUUUGUAGGGAAGAACAGAGGAAAUUUUAGGUUACUCACAGUGGUCUCGAUUUGUCCAACACUACAUUUAACUUCGAGUUCAUCUCAUUGAUCGUAUUUUUGUCUGCAGUUAACUAUCAGUAGACCAUCAAUAUUGGCUAUAGAAUUAACAAACUCUUUCGCUUAUGGGUGGUUUCGAUAUAGAAAAUCGCUUAAAACUCUCGAUAAUGUUUUAAGUAGUUUUCUUAAUUUCAUUACUAAAUUGAUUGAUUUUAUUGUUCACCAAUAAUUGACAAAAU